AUGGCUUACGCAUUUUGGGCCAACCCACAUCCAUUCUGCGGCUUCCCACGCAGCUUAAUACUCGCUACCAAUGGUGGUGGUGCCGUGCCGAUUGAUGCCACCUCUUCUGAUCCUUCACAUCUUCAGUCUUCCAGUGAUCUGGGCGACGGUGACCCAGCGCUCUGUCUUCGCCAUGUCGCGGAUGCCGCUUGGCGUCUGUUUGCCAAUCGCGCUUACCUGCAUCAGUACGAGCGUUACGGCUUGACGAAAGAGACAGUAAUGGACUGUUUUGCCGUUGUUGAGCAGACGGCCCACUGCUACGAUCGACUGUCUUUUUCGUAG